AUGGAAGGAGGACGAACUGCCCAUUCUGCUUUACAACUACCGUUGAAUAUAGCAGAACAACAAUUCCCGGUAUGUAAAAUCUCAGGAAAAUCUGGACGGGGUCAAUGUCUAAAACAAGCUAAAGUUAUCUUAUGGGAUGAAUGCACCAUGGCCCAUAAAAAAUCACUUGAAGCAAUGGACAGAACAUUACAAGAAUUGCGAAAAAACUCUGAAAUAAUGGGAGGAGCUCUACUCAUACUGUCGGGAGAUUUUCGACAAACACUUCCAGUUAUUCCCAAGUCAACACCAGCAGACGAAAUCAAUGCAUGCUUAAAAAAGUCACAUCUCUGGUCACAAGUACAAAUACUGCAAUUAACAAAAAACAUGAGAGUUGAAUUAUCAAAAGAUGAAACAACAGCACAUUUUGCUAAAAUACUUUUACAAAUAGGUGAAGACACAUAUCCUACUAACCAAACGACCGGCCUCAUUGAACUCAAUAGUGAUUUCUGUAACAUAGCCACUACUGAAAACGAUCUAAUCGACAAAAUUUAUCCAAAUUUUGUUCAGAACUAUACCAACGUAGAGUGGUUAUUUCAAAGAGCAAUUUUGGCUACUAAAAAUAAUGUUGUUGACGAUAUCAAUUUUAAUAUUCUAAAGAAAAUACCUGGUGAAGAGAGAAUAUAUAAAUCGAUGGACACGAUGGUAUCCAGCGAGGAAAGUGUCAACUUCCCCACAGAAUUUCUGAACUCUUUACAAGUACCCGGAAUGCCAUUACACUGCCUUCGUUUGAAAAUUGGAUCUCCAAUCAUACUACUGAGAAAUCUCAGCUCUCCAAAACUAUGUAAUGGAACGAGGAUGAUCGUAAAACAGCUAUCGAAUAAUAUUAUUGAAGCUGAACUUAUUUCUGGAAAGAACAAAGGACAAACAGUAUUUAUACCUAGAAUACCACUGAUCUCUUCUGAAUUGCCAUUUCAAUUUAAAAGAUUGCAAUUUCCAAUUAAAUUAGCUUUUAGUUUUACAAUUAACAAAGCGCAAGGACAAACUUUAAAAUAUUGUGGCAUUAACCUCAAAGAACCCUGCUUCUCUCACGGUCAGCUAUAUGUAGCUUGCUCAAGGAUGCUGAAAUAA